CCUACAUCUAAUUGUUUUCAGAGCAUCAUUUGUGAAAACCAGUGCUCAUUUUGAUAUCAUCUCUGGCAAGAGCUAGUACGGCUUGAAAAUGUCAAGCUAAGACUAUUAUGAAGUAAAUAGGGUCUGUCUCAGCGUCCGUACGAUCCCACCGAUGACUAUGAGUUUGAUACAACUGUUUAUGAUGAUGAUGAGGAUUCAUUUGAUGAUGAGUACCCAUCUGGGUUUUCUGAGAUCGACUUCUUGUCUGACGUUGACAAUGAUUAUGAAUUCUCAGGCGGCGGCAGUGAUUAUUCUGACUAUGGAGAGCUGUUUUUUGAUGACUACUAAUCCUCUGUUGGGUUGAAAAGCCCAGGGUGGAGAUCGAUUGAUAGGAUGGCUAAAACAUAAAGUGGGUUAGGUAAGAGAACAUGCUGCAGUAGUUUUAGCAGGCCUAAUGAAGGGUGGGGAUGAAAACCUAGCUGAAGACUUCCGUGGUAGGGCUUACAGAGAUGCAAAUGCAAUUCAAAAGAAGAGAAGACAGAGAAAUUCAAGUUCUGGUCUGUCCAUAGCUUCCAUACACGGUGCUGUACUUGCUUUGGCAGCUUGUGUUUUAUCUGUUCCAUAUGAUAUGCCGAGUUGGUUGCCUGAGCAUGUUACUUUGCUGGCUCAUUUUGUGGGAGAAUCGUCACCUGCGAAAUCUACGGUUACAAAAGCGGUUGCUGAGUUCCAGAGGACCCACGCAGAUACAUGGAACAUUCAAAAAAAUUCAUUUACUGAAGAUCAACUUGAGGUAUUAAAGUUGCAUUUAGAUCAUUCAGGAACACAAGGUCAUAGGAGAGGAUCACAAUCUGGAGGUGUAGAGUAUGCUCAAUCAGAUGUGUGGGCUUCAGCAUACAGUGCUUUAGCUGCAGGGGUUGCACUAAUUGCCAUAUUAAGCAUGUUAGCAUACUUGAGGAGGAAUGGUAACUGA